CCGCCAGCCGCUGAGCUGUUUAUGACAGCGGGCAGCAGCUGUCAGCUCUGUCUGAAAGCUGCUCUCGUUUACGGCAGGAGAAAUGACUUUUUUGGGUGUUUUUUAGGGACUUUUUGCCGUUUCGUCGUUAGCUAAGGCCGCCCGGACGGAACCGCCGACUUGUCACGAUGAGAAGUCGGAGCAACUCGGGCGUUAAACUGGACAACUAUGCCCGGAUGGUGCAACAAACUAUCCUGAGGCACCAAGAUCCGGUAACGGGUCUCCUUCCAGGCAGCCCGGAUCAGCCUCACGCCUGGAUCAGGGACAAUGUUUAUGGCAUCGUGUCUGUGUGGGGCCUGAGUCUGGCCUACAGGAAGAACGCCGACAGGGACGAGGACAAGGCCAAGGCCUACGAGCUGGAGCAGAGUGUGGUGAAGCUAAUGAGAGGCGUCCUGCAGUGCAUAAUGAGGCAGCUGGAUAAGGUGGAGAAGUUCAAAUACAGCCGAAGCACCUCCGACUCGCUUCAUGCCAAGUACAACCCCAGGACCUGUGCCGUCGUCGUCGGGGACGACCAGUGGGGUCACCUACAGGUCGAUGCCACUUCGCUCUUCCUCUUCUAUCUCGCUCAGAUGACGGCGUCUGGUCUUCACAUCGUCUACACCCAGGACGAAGUGGACGUCGUUCAGAAUCUCAUGUUCUACAUCGAGGCAGCUUAUAAAGUGGCUGAUUAUGGGAUGUGGGAGCGAGGAGACAAAACCAACCAGGGCAUCACCGAGAUCAACGCCAGCUCCAUCGGCAUGGCCAAGGCAGCUCUGGAGGCUUUGGAUGAACUCAACCUGUUUGGAGCUAAAGGAGGACCUGGAUCUGUGGUUCACGCUCUGGCUGAUGACAUCCAGCACUGCCAGUCCAUCCUGACGUCCAUGUUACCCAGAGCGUCCAUCUCUAAAGAAGUGGACGCUGGAGUCUUGUCUAUCAUCUCGUACCCGGCAUUCGCCGUGGAGGACAUCAGCAUCGUGAACAUGACCAAGGAGGAGAUCAUCUCCAAACUGCAGGGUCGAUACGGCUGCUGCAGGUUUCUCAGAGACGGACACAAAACGCCUAAAGAGGAUCCAAACCGGCUGUAUUAUGAAUCUGCAGAGCUGAAGCUGUUUGAGAACAUCGAGUGUGAGUGGCCUCUGUUCUGGACCUACCUCAUCCUGGACGGCAUUUUUAUCAACAGCCCCGAACAGGUGCAGGAGUAUCAGGAGGCUCUGGAGGGAAUCCUGAUCAAGCAGAAGGACGGGAUACGACUGGUGCCGGAGCUCUACAGUGUCCCCGCAGACAAGGUGGAGGAGGAGUACAGGAACCCUCAUUCGGUGGAGAGAGUCCCGAUGGGUAAAUGUCCUCUGAAAUGGGCUCAGUCUCUGUACAUCCUGGGAAACCUUCUGUCUGAGGGGUUCCUCGCUCCUGGAGAAAUUGACCCUCUGAACCGACGUUUCUCCACCAUCCCCAAACCUGACGUGGUCGUUCAAGUGUCGGUUCUGGCAGAGACUGAUGAGAUUAAAGAGCUGCUGCUGAAGAACGACAUCGAUGUGGACACUGUGGCCGACAUCCAUCCCAUCCACGUUCAGCCCUCCAGAGUCCUCAGCCACAUCUACGCCCGACUCGGUCGUAACCCGAGGCUGGGUCUGACCGGUCGACCCUACAGGAGGAUAGGAGUCCUGGGAACCUCCAAGUUCUACAUGAUCAGAAACACCAUCUUCACAUUCACACCUCAGUUCAUCGACCACCAGCAGUUCUACAUGGCGCUGGACAACAAAAUGAUCGUGGAGAUGCUGCGGACAGAAAUCGCCUACCUCGCGUCCAGGUGGAGGAUGACUGGACGACCGACCGUCACUUUCCCCAUUUCACAGUCGAUGCUGACUGAAGAUCACACAAACUUGGAUCCUGCAGUUUUGGCGACACUGAAGAAGCUGCAGGACGGUUAUUAUGGAGGAUCAAGGAUCCAGACGGGGAAGCUGUCGGAGUUCCUGACCACUUCCUGCUUCGCUCAUCUCAGCUUCCUGGACGGUAAGGCUUCUGGCAGCAUGGGUCGCCACGACGACGAGUAUGAUGAUGAUGAUGAUGAUGACGCCGAUGGAUACGUGCAUGAGUUACGCUGUGAUGAUGAGGCUGAUGACCUCGCUCAGUACCUGGACCACCUGUUGGCCCACGCUGCCCCCAAGAAGCCCAAAGUUCAGAAGGGAGGUCUGGGCAAGUUCAAGGCCGUAGCCACCAAAGCCAGGGAGAUGGUGUCUCUGAAGAACAAGGCUCAGGGCCUCAACGUGCAGAACGUCAACAUGUACCUGUCCAACAAGCUGUUUCGCUCUCCUCAGCCAUCGCUCAACUUGAACCUCCCAGAAUCCUCUGCACAGGGAUCUCAGGGUCCAGAGGUGACGGUCACACCAGAGAGCGGUAUCCCCAGAGAUGCUACCGGAGCCAUCGACUACAACGCUUUGGUCCAGCUGCUGAAAGACACUCAGAGUCUUCAGGACCAGGCCGAUAUUCUUUACAUCCUCUUCAAAGACAAGGGAAUGGACUGGGACACUCACCUGCACGGUAAAGGCACCACGGUGAGAUCUCUGCUGUCCGACCUGUAUGAGAAGGCAGGCGACCUGAAACACUGGGGCCUCAUCCGGAUGAUCUCUGGCAUACUGAGGAAGAAGGUGGAGGAACUCGACUCGGCCUGCUCUGAUUUGCUGGCGCACCAGAAGCACCUGACGGUCGGCCUGCCUCCCGAGCCCAGAGAGAAAACCAUCACGGCUCCGAUUCCUCCGGACCAGCUGGCGGCUCUCAUCGACGAGGCCAGCGACAACAACAUCAGCGUCGCCAUUCUCACUCAGGAGAUCAUGGUGUACCUGGCUAUGAGCAUCAGGACUCAGCCCAACCUGUUCAGCGAGAUGUUCCGGCUGCGUAUCGGCCUCAUCAUCCAGGUCAUGGCCACUGAACUGGCUCAGUCUCUCAACUGCUCAGGAGAGGAGGCCACAGAGAGUCUGAUGAGUCUGAGUCCGUCUGAACUGAAGAAUCUUCUUCACCACAUCCUCAGCGGGAAGGAGUUUGGAGUCCAGCGCAGCGUCAGAGAGGUGGAUGCCGGCAUCAGUCCUGCCAUCUCCAUCCAUCACCUGGGUAACGUCGGCGCCACCAAGAGCGAGAGAGCCGGCAUCAGCAAACUGAAGAGCGACAUGAAGAUGCUGGAGCACAGGUUGUCUUUGACGGAUCCCAGUAAGAUGGAGCACAGGUUGUCCCUGACAGAUCCAUUUAAGAUCGACCGCAGGGUGUCUUUGGCUGACUCAGUUGAGUACGACCAGUCGAUGACCUCCUUCCGCAAGGGUGGCAGAUCUCAGUCACUGGACAUAGAAAACAUCGAGUGUGGGAGAUACCGACUGCCGUCCAUUGAGUCCCUCGAUAUUCCGGAGAUCAUCCCGGUCGCCAAGGAUACCAGACACGGCCAAUGGCUGCGCAGGAGGCGUCUGGACGGAGCGUUGAACCGAGUACCGGUCGGCUUCUACCAGAAAGUCUGGAAGAUCCUCCAAAAGUGUCACGGUCUGUCCAUAGAGGGAUUCGUCCUUCCUUCUUCAACCACCAGAGAGAUGACUCCAGGGGAAAUAAAGUUCUCUGUCCAUGUGGAGACCGUCCUGAACCGAGUCCCUCAGCCUGAGUACCGACAGCUGCUGGUGGAGGCCAUCCUGGUCCUCACCAUGCUGGCCGACGUGGAGAUCCAGAGCAUCGGCUCCAUCAUCCACGUGGAGAAGAUCGUCCAUCUGGCCAACGACAUGUUCUGCAAGGAUCAGACCGACCUGGGGGCCGAGGAGCACAUCCUGGAGAGGGACCCGUCCACCGGGGUGUGCCGGCUGCUGUACGACAGCGCCCCCAGUGGCCGCUUCGGCAGCAUGACCUACCUCACCAAGGCCGUGGCCGUGUACGUGCAGGACUUCCUGCCCAGCGGCUCGUGUGCUGUGCAGUGAGAGGAUUCCGUUUUUUACACAUGACAGUAAGAAUAAACUAGUGGAGCAUUAAUAGGAUCACAUGGUGGCUGUGUGUUACUGCAGAGGCUUCUAUAAAUAGUCCCCUGAUCAAACUUCAGCAACACACUCACAUGUUGUUGUUCUUUAUUUAAGUUUGUGUAGUAAAGGAGCGUUCACACACAUCAUGCAGAGAUCAGCACACUAGAAAUGGCAGCAGUUACAAGAGCAUCAUCUUCUCAUUUUAGGGCUGGUGAGAUCCUUUUUUUAUUUUCUUUUGGUUACUCUUGACAAAAAAAACAGUGAGUCUCUUUAAACAUCCCCAUAUACUUCAGGUCACGAAUACUCUACUGUUCAAAGGUUUGUGAUCACUUAGAAAUGUCCUUAUUUUUGAAAGAAAUGCAGUUUAAGAGUUAAUAACUGGCAUAUUUUAGUCAAUUUUAAGCAGUAAUGUCAAAUAUUUACUGUUUCUGCUUCCUCAUAUAUGAAGAUUUGAUGCUUUUCUUAGUCCAAUGUGUUAAUAAAUUGAAUAUCUUGAGAUUUUGGACAGAAAAAGACGGCUCAAGAUGUCGCUCUGGUCUGUGGGAAAUUACAAAGAGAAUUUUUAACUGUGUUCUGACAUUUUACAGACAAAACAAAGAAUCAAAAAACAGAACUUUCAAUUUAAUUGAUGGCAAAAAUAAAUAUUUGUCGCAGGUGAUUAUGUUCUACAGAAACUUUAACUACUGUUCAAAAGUUUGAGGUCACUUAGAAAUGUCCUUAUUUUUGAAAGAAAAGCAGUUUUUUUCAAGUAAGAUAACAUUAAAUGAAUCAUAAAUCCAGUCUAGACAUAGCUAAUGUGGUAAAUGACUAUUGUAGCUGGAAACAGCUGAUUUUUAAUGGAAUAUCUCCAUAGGGGUACAGAGGAACAUUUCCAGCAACCAUCACUCCUGUGUUCUAAUGCUACAUUGUGUUAGCUAAUGGUGUUGGAAGGCUCAUUGAUGAUUAGAAAACCCUUGUGCAAUUAUGUUAGCACACGAGUAAAAGGAAAAGAUGGAAUUGUAUGGGUGACUCCAAACUUUUGAAUGGUAGUGUCUUUUUUUUUUUUUUUUAAAGGCAAAGAAAAUGUGACUUACACUGUGGUUAAAAAAAAAAAAAAAAAAAAAGUGCAUUUGUUGGGGAAUCAGGAUCCAAACCAUCAAAAGUAGACUUCAUCAGACAGGAGGGAAUUUUAACUGUUUAAGAAAUCAUAAUUAUUUUAACAGUUUGAUAAGUUUGCUGCCAUUUGUGAUUUAGAGGGUUUUUUUUGUGGAUUAUUAUACGUACCACGAUGCACCGUCCAGUCUUUGCAUGUAAAACAGAUUUUAAAUCUUGUGCACGUACCCCAGGUUUGUCUAAAUGAAGCUGUGAGGAACACUGACAAAAAAAUUGACAAUCCGUAUCCAAAAAGGGCUCUAGGAAGACGGUGAUCAGAGUAAGAAUUAACAGACAUGCUUGUUUUGUCACGAUAAGGAAGAAACAUGUCAGUCAGUACAGCAUGUUUUUAAUCAACUUUGUACUGUAGAGAUCUCUUUAAUGGGAUUUUCUGACAAAAAGAAACAUUUAAACCUUCCUUUAAAUUGAUAAAGAUUCAUUUCCGUUCUUGGUGUGGUGUUUUUAUCGGAAUGUAUGAAUCAAACCUGAGGAAAAGAAUGUAAUUUGACCACUUUAGUUUCUUUACAUCUAAACUUAACGACAACUAACUUUUCUUUAUAAAUCCGAUCACUGUUGUGUUCAUCACUGCUUUCAACUUGUGUAAACUCAAAAUAAUUUAUUACCACACACGGUUCGACUCACAUACCUCCAGUCCUACAUGCUGUAAGCUGUAUAAAAUAGUUUAAAAUGAGAUAACCUAUCUACUAUUUAUUUUAUAUUUCUUAACCGAUAAUUAAAGACAGCUAAACUAGAUAGUUAGACGUGUCUUAAAAGAGAUGCGUCUGUUUAAACGCCUCAACAUCGUAGCACUUAUUGAAGUUUCACUGUGAGCGAAACGACAGAAAUGCGGUUUUAUUUUUGGCUAUGCAACAAUAGCAGGCUUUGGAAUUGGACUGUGGAUUUUGUUAGGAAUGUUUUCAGCAUGUAGUUUACUGCAUGUAGUUGCUUCUGAAUGUGAUGCGGUUCAAGUGCCUUAGUUUACUGCUGCUAAACUGUGACUUUGUUUUCGUUUAAUUACAGUAAACCUUUUACACACAUCAGUUUUACAUUAUUUCCAACAUAUUUGACCUUUAACUGUUGGCUGUUUAGUGGUUCAGUGCAUGGAGAACGUACCCGAUCAUGCCUCUUAUUUAAAUGUACAAAAAGCUGUCGGUGGUUUGGUGAUAUUCAAACACACUCCAUGUGAACAGAAUGAGACCGAGUCCACUGAGCAAACUGUUUUUGUUGUUUUUGAGAAUAAUUAUGUAAUAAAACUGUAGAAAAGAGUGUAA